UUUACCGUCCCAAUAAUCAAUACACGCCUACCAGCAAACCAAUACUGCAAUAGGUGUAUUGACUGCGCUAAUAUAAAACAUGGGGUUUGUGCGAAUAGAAAAUUAUUGAUUCGUUGGACAUAAAUAUUGAUAGUACACAUUGACUCUUAUUUCUUAAAAUACUCUUUUUGAAAUCGGAUAAAUUUAUAAGAUGAGUGGGAAGACAUUGGAAGAACUUGCGGAGGCUGUGGCAAACAUCAGGAGGAGCAAUCUGUCGGAGGCCAAGAGCUUCGCGAAGCCGCCACAGAUGAUGUUGGAUACAUUAACGGCAACCAUGCUUCUGCUAGGGGAAGUGAACCCGACAUGGGACACAAUCAAGUACAACAUGACAAGAGGAGACGGGAAAGGAUUGACUAACCUGGUGGUAGAAUACGACCCCAGCGAAGUUUCAGACGCUACAAAGACCAAGGCCAAGGACUUGCUUUCGAAACACACGCUGCAAGAUCUCAGGAAAUGUUCUGUCUUCACCGCAAUAGUGUUUGAAUGGGCCGUGGCAGCAGUUGACGCUUAGCUACAGCUUACUGUUUCCUAUCUAUAUGAUUAUAUUUCUUGUGUCAUGGAACUGGGUGUACACUGUGCCACAGGAAAUGACAGACUGGCGUGCUUGAGUAAGUUCGGAAACAACUACGUGAAACCUUGCGUGUUCAACAAGAGACUUACAUUUUGGACAACAUGUUUCGCCUAAUAUUUUAAGGAAUAGAAUGUUAUUCUAUUGGAUGCUUUGGUUGUUCUAGACGUGUAUAUAAUAUUAAACAAGAAAUAAAUGUAACCGCGAUAA